GCCGAGGAAGCUUUUUAGCAACUGCGGCUGCCAGCGUCGCCGCCGCUGCCACCUCUCGGAGAGCUCGCCUCGCUAUUCUCCGGCAGCGGCUCUUCUGCCUUGAGCGGGAGAGCGGGAGGCACAAAGGGGGAGCCUUGGAGAGGGGGGGGUGCUCGGGGGCGCCAGAGAAGUGCAGCGAGCGGAGGAAGUAGAAGAGGAGGAGGAGAAAAACAAGCACCUGGGGCUCGGCUGCUCGCCUCGCCGCCGUUCUUCCCCAACCCCUCCGCCCGCCUCUCAUGCCAUUACAGCAACAAAGAGCACGCUGAGCAGCGGGCGGAGAGGCGCCCUGGCUCCGAGCUCCGUCAGCCCAGAAGGCGGCGGAGGACCAUGGCUAGGAAAGGGGACGUCGCUGUCUCUCCUUACGGUGAACCCAGAAAAUUUGAUCCAAAGUUCAACGGACCUAUUCACAACAGGCAUUGUACAGAUGUAUUGUGUUGUGGGAUCUUCGUUGUUGUCAUCCUGGGCUACAUUGCAUUAGGAAUUGUGGCCUGGGUACAUGGUGACCCAAGAAAAGUAGCCUAUCCAACUGAUAGCUAUGGGCAGUUCUGUGGUCAAAAAGAUACACCGAAUGAGAACAAAACAAUUUUAUUUUAUUUUAAUAUUCUGAAAUGUGCCAGUCCUAUAGUGCUAAUAAACCUACAGUGCCCUACAACACAGCUUUGUGUUUCAAAGUGCCCAGACAGAUUUGCAACCUACAUAGAAAUGCAAUCUUCCUACAGAAGUUAUUGGGAGUACUACAAACAGUUUUGCAAGCCUGGAUUUACUAAGCCACGCAAGUCUGUAACUCAAGUUAUGCGUGAUGAAGAUUGUCCUUCUAUGAUUAUUCCAAGCCGGCCUUUUCUUAAGAGGUGCUUUCCUGAUUUCUCUACUAAAAAUGGAGUUCUGACUGUGGCCAACCAAACUACUUUCAAAGAUGGAAAAGGAAAAACACGGAAUGUAACAGAUCUCAGGGAAGCAGCAAAUGGCAUCAAUAAUGUUCUUGAUGCAAGAUCAGUUGGGAUGAAGAUUUUUGAAGACUAUGCGAGCUCUUGGUACUGGAUUUUAAUAGGGCUGUUUAUUGCAAUGGUAGUCAGCUUGCUCUUUCUUGUGCUUCUGAGAUUCAUAGCAGGAGUUCUCUUCUGGAUUUUCAUCUUUGGUGUAAUUGGGGUUAUAGGAUAUGGUAUCUGGCAUUGCUACUGGGAAUAUCAUCGCCUUCAUGGAAUACCUGGUUCUGAUCUCACCAUCUAUGAUAUUGGAUUCCAGACAGAUUUCAGGGUCUAUUUACAACUGAGGCAAACAUGGUUAGCAUUUAUGAUACUACUUUGUAUACUGGAAGUUGUCAUUAUACUGAUGUUAAUAUUUCUGAGAAAUCGAAUUCGGAUUGCAAUUGCCCUUUUGAAAGAAGGUAGCCGGGCAAUUGGCUACAUCAUGUCUACAUUAUUCUAUCCAAUUAUAACCUUUAUUCUUAUCGCCAUAUGCAUUUCAUACUGGGCAGUGACGGCUGUUUUCCUGGCUACCUCAGGAGAACCUGUGUACAAAGUUAUGGCUAAUCAAAGCUUAUGCAAGUAUGCAAAUUUGACCUGUUAUCCAGAGACUUUCAACACUACUAACGUGACCAAACUAUGUCCAGGGGCACAGUGUACAUUUGCUUUCUAUGGGGGAGAAAGUCUAUACCACCGCUACAUUUUAGUGUUUCAAAUUAUCAAUGUGUUUGUCUUUCUCUGGCUGGUCAAUUUUUCAAUCGCAUUGGGUCAAUGUACCCUUGCUGGUGCCUUUGCUUCUUAUUAUUGGGCCUUCCGAAAACCUGCUGACAUCCCACCUUGCCCUCUCUUUUCUUCAUUUGGACGAGCAAUACGGUAUCAUACAGGUUCUUUAGCAUUUGGCUCCUUAAUUCUUGCAGUGGUUCAACUAAUUAGAGUAAUCCUGGAAUACCUUGAUCACAAACUUAAGGGCUCACAAAAUGCAUUUGCUAAGUUCUUGCUUUGCUGCCUCAAAUGCUGUUUUUGGUGUUUGGAAAAAUUCCUUAAAUUUAUCAACAGGAAUGCUUACAUCAUGAUUGCAAUCUAUGGUAAAAACUUCUGCACCUCAGCAAGGGAAGCGUUUUUUCUUCUCAUGAGAAAUGUGGUAAGGGUUGCAGUCCUGGAUAAAGUAACAGACUUCUUAUUAUUCCUGGGUAAACUCCUCGUUGCUGGAGCUGUGGGUGUCCUAGCCUUCUUUUUCUUCACACACAGGAUACCAGCAUUUGCACAAGAAGCACCUUCACUGAAUUAUUAUUGGGUCCCCCUCUUGACUGUCAUUAUAGGGUCAUAUCUGGUUGCACACGGAUUCUUCAGUGUCUAUGCAAUGUGUGUUGACACACUUUUCCUCUGUUUUUGCGAAGACUUGGAAAGGAAUGACGGAUCUACAGCAAAACCUUACUACAUGUCAGCUAGUCUGCACCGGAUUUUGGGGAAGAAGGAACUGAGUCCCAAAAAGUUAAUGGGAUGAUGCUCAAAAUUGCAACAGUGUUAGUUUUAAGGAAGAGGGGAGAAAAAAAACAUUUUAAAAGCAGGAUGCGUAUAAUUUAGACAAAAGAUUUUUUUUUAAGUAUGACGCUUCUGGUUAAUAAAUCAUUUGUGUUGCUUUAUACUAUCUGAAAAUAAGCAAACGGGCAACAUUUUCAAGACGUCUUUUAACCGCUGUGAAAUAAGAUCACAUCAUAGUUUUUAUAGAGUGCCUAUGGGAAAUGUGUAAAUGUGAAGCUUCUUUUUUUUAAUCUUUAGCUCUUAGUGUUUUAAUAACUUUUCUAACCUGAAAUUUUGCUGUCUGAAAUGACAGCCAUUUUGAUAACUUUUUUUAUAGGUGUAUAUUUGUAAAGGAUAUUCAGGCAAUUUUUCAAAGCACUACAAUGUAUCCUAAUUAGCCAUAAACAUAUCAAGAUUAUCGAUAACCAGCAGGUAGUCCUAAAAUUGUAAUAAUGGUGCUAUGGCUGUAUUUUUACUGUACAUGCUGAAUGACAGCUACUUAAACUGUGACUAAAAAAAACCUAAUGGUUCCCAUGUGAGGAAGGGCACAUCGCUUAUUCAGUUGCCUCCUAAAAGUUGAAAUGGAGAUAAAUUGGGAUCCUGAUGAUUGAUCUCCCCCCACCCACAAAAUAGAGCAAAGAUUAUUUAAAUACCUUCAAUUUUUUUCAAAAAAAGAAUGUUAUGCCAAUAUCUAUUAUUCAUUUUUUAAAAAAUGUACGUCAUGCAAUAGCCCCUGUUCGCCACCAAAUGCAAUAUUUAUGGGGGCAGUUGCAAAAUAUUAAUAAUAAUACUGGGUUAAGAGUGCCAUGAUUUUAUAUGCAUUAUGUAAACAUUUUUUUCUAGAAAAAAUAUCCAUAAAAUAAAAUCCAAUAUUAGGGUUUUUUUCCCCUAUGGAAGAAAUCCUUGUAAACAAGCUUGGUCUUUCCUAACUUGGUCUUCUGGUGAUUUGAUGGAACUUCUGUUCCAGUUCUCCCCACCAGUUCAACCUUUGUUCAGUGUAUCUUUGGAACACACCAGAUUGAAGAAGGUUGAUCUCAGCUGAAACUCAGAUCAUUUACAUUUCAUCAUAACUUUUUCUCCUUCUUCUGCUGCUUGACAAAGACAAAGAAUUAAGGAUUAUUUGCCAUUUAGGUCCCUCUUGCAUUAUUUAUAUGAACAUCUGAUCAUUUUUCAUUCAGAGAGGAAAGAAAUGAGAGAGAUGUAAUAUGAAUGAAUAUUCCUUGUAGCUGAAGUAAAAAAAACCUGGUCUUGAGUCUCAUAGAAAAAGACCUAAUGAGUAAAUAUCAAAAAUUAGUGUUCUGCAUCAUAAAAUAGAAUACACUCCUGUAAGGAAAAUACAAUUGUCUUAUUUAUAACUGGAACUCAAAACCAUUAAUCUCAUUUUAUACUAGUAAAAGCUGGGGAGACAACAUAUUCUAAGCAGAGUUUCUUCACAGUCAUGCUGCUUAUUUAGAAGUUAUCUCAUAUGAACUUUUAUUUCUGUUAAACAUUAAAACAAUGGGUAGCCUUAGUUAUGCUGUUGCUCCCGGUUCACGAGAGGCUUUUAAAAAAGGACACACUGUUUUCAACACCUGUGAUCAUUAAUUCCAUUAUCCCCUCAUGACAUUAUCCUCUGUGAUUAACACAGGGGUGAUUGGCCUCAGUUCUGACUGAAGCUUGUGUCCAGAUUUGCAAUGGUAAUUCUACUUUUUUUCUCUAAUUUAUUGCACAAAUCAAUACCAAGCUUAUUAUUUUAAAAUUGGGCCCUCCAAAAUUCAUUCAACUGAACUGUCUAGUUCUACAUGAAGCUGGUCUUGGUUUUAAGAUAAUUGAGCAAUUCAACUGAUAUUAAUUGGACUAAUAUAGAAUCUUAGGUGUUUUUAAUCCCCCAGUUUUUAAUUCCAAGAGUUUUUAACUCUUCUGUUACAAAGAAGAAGUUUUUCCUGGAAGUCCAUUCUAUUAAAAGGAACAACUUAUUUCCAGAUGAGAAUAUUUUUUUGAGAAAGGUGCUUACAUUAUUUGUAUUCCAAAACACUUGAGAGAGCUAGCAGUCUGAAAUAAAUUAUAUAUAUGCACUCAGCUGAAUGCCCAUGUCGGUGAGUAGAUAUACUUUUCAUGCAGACAAGUGUAAUUCAUCCAGAUUGGGCACAUAGGUAGCUUUCCUGGAGGAGGGAAUAUUUUGCUACUUCUACCUACUUCAGCAAAAACUGUUCUAGAAGGUUGAGGAGCUCUUUGGGACAACAGGAAUGAUGCAAGAAGAGCCAGGACCUGAUUAGAGUCAUUUGCCAUUCCCUCAGCAGGAGCCUCCAAAGGAGUCUGCCUGCCCCAAUGGAAGAAGGCAAUUUCUUCCCUUCUGUGCUACUAAAAGGGACAACAAAUUAGUUUCUCUGCAUGCAAAUAUACAAAUCAAAAGAUGAAUAGAACCUCCUAACUACAGCAAUCACUGAGUGUUAGCAGACAUCUAUUAGGAAUGUCUCUAGAAGGCAACUUUCGUCCAUGGAUAACUGGAGAGCAGUUUGAAUAAUAUGUAAUUCAUCAUUAAAAAAACAUAUUUUCCCAUUGUAAUGCCUGUUCAGACCUUAGACUAUGGCUAUAUAUGAACCCAGCUAUCAUGCUGUUCACAUAAUGUUAAUAUCUUGAGAUACAUAGUAGGCAAAAUAAUUGACUUAGUCCUUGCUAAGCAUGUCCUUGCAUGCUUAGCAAGGACUAAGAUUGCACUUUUAAGUCACAAUGCAACCAUCAGACAUCAUUAGAUGUCUUUAGGAAUUGUUAGGUGUAACACUGGAUUGUUUCUAGAUAAUUAGAACUGAUUCUAACAAUUAUUAGAACAGGAGUGACAUCUGGAAAAUGUAUGUUGUUAUCUUACUGAUUAAAACGGGGGCUUAGCAAUCAAUCCAAAGAAGCUAACACAUAAAGGAAGAAAAACAAACUAAGAAUUUGCCAAAGAAGUAAGUCACAAAAUUAUUUCCCCCCCCCACAUGCAAUAUUUAUUCUGGCCUGGUUUUUAUUUAACAAACCAUGGUUAAAAUAAACUGUGAUUUAAUAUAUGUGAGUACAGCCGAUAGACUGUACUUGAAUAAGUAAACCCAGUCAGAAAUAAAAUGGAAAAAUGCC